AUGAGAGUCAUCCGCCUCUCAAUAAGUGAUGAAUUGCCAAGGUUCCUAUACGACGCCGCCCUCUACAAGGGAGAUAGUAUCCGCCUACACCCGACAGUCGUAUCCAUGCUCGGCAACGCCAGAGACCUACGGUUCGAGGACAUGUUUGGCACGUUCGAAUCGGCAUAUGUUUCGCCAUGGCUGCAACUUCCCACACUCACCACUUUCUCGGCGGUACGAUUCACCAUCCGCGAAAUAUAUAUGAUUCAGGACUUUGCACUCACGGCGCUGCAUCUACAGUGGUGCCGUAUCCACCCCGAGACAUUUGUCAUGCUGCUGCAGUCCUGCAAGUGUCUGACAACGUUGACACACCGCACUGGCGAUUAUGCCGAUGGCCGUAGUAUGUCGGAUGACAUUGGCUGGAUCGAAUCUGAGGAUGUCAUUGGCCCCAUAUUGGAGCAUGUCCCUGCCCUCCGGAAGCUAUACCUUUACUACACAGUCAAUGACAUCGUUAACACAUACAGUCGAUACACUCCGUUCCCUGGCACAAAGAGCUGGAACAGCCUCUCAAAGCUGUCCCAGCUGUCCCUCCUCGACAUCGACGCGCGCCUCGUCUUCGGUGCAGACAAGAUCCCUGACUCUACUCAAUGGAGUCUCGCGGAGCUAACUAGAAUGUUACCACCGCCGGUGUCAACGUUGAAGCUCUGUUACUUCGGUUUUCGACUCCAAGAAGAGUAUAGGUCGUUUCUCAAAAUCCCGGGUCUCUACCCUCAACUUCGGUGCAUCUGUAUCUACAAUGUCACAGAGUAUUUCUACACCGCGGCUCUCUUGGAGGAUAUGCGACGCAAAUUCCGCGCUGUCGGCGUGAAAUUCAAAUACUGUCUAUGUCACCACAGGAACCAAAAGGAGCACAUAGCUGAGUAUGACAGCGACGCAGUAUAUCCUAGGGAUUUCCCUCUGCACAAGACUGGAUAUGACGGCGGCGAAGGGACAAUCAAGUCCAUCGAUUGA